UUCUAGUGGUCGAUCUAGCUACUACUGAGUAUUGUUUUUUCUUCUUUUUACUACUGUUGAUUAUUCUGCAACUGCAGUUAGAUGCUUGCUACUCCUACAUCGAUCUCUCUCGCGCGGGCGUAUGCAUUGCAUUCACUACUGAUGAUCCGUGGGUGUAGUGUGGGUGGCUAUAAAUAGGGCAGGGUGCGGUUGCCAUUGCUCCUCAGGCCAGCAACUGAGAAGCUCCAUACAAGUAAGCAGCAGCUAGUUGCCGACAAGGCCAGAGAAGGAAGAAGAAGCUCUCAUCAUCAUCACCAUGUCGUGCUGCGGUGGCAACUGCGGAUGCGGCUCCAGCUGCCAGUGCGGCAACGGCUGCGGCGGAUGCAAGUACUCUGAGGUGGAACCCACGACCACGACCACCUUCCUUGCCGAUGCAACCAACAAGGGGUCUGGUGCUGCUUCCGGAGGAUCAGAGAUGGGGGCGGAGAACGGCAGCUGCGGCUGCAACACCUGCAAGUGCGGCACCAGCUGCGGCUGCUCCUGCUGCAACUGCAACUAGAAGAAACUUAUCUCCAUCCAAUUCAUCACCUGAUCAACGAGCUACCAGUACCACUACAUAUGCCAUGUACUAGCUACCUAGCUUGCAUGCAAGUCCUUAAUUUGCUGCUAGCUAGCUAGCUACCUACCUUAGCGUCUCAUGUAUGUCAUGUUGCCGCCUGGCCCCUAAAUAAAAUUCCUUACUUAAUCGCAAAAUCUUAUUUAUAUA